CGAAGUACAAAAAGACUCGUGGUGACGUCAAGCAGGCAGGCGAGCGAGCAAGAGUAAAGUCCACCAAAACAGUUGAGCAAAGCAAAGCUAAGCAAACAGGACGAAGGCUGGAAAGCGAGAUGGAGGGUCAGGGAGAGCACCACAAGUCCAAGAAGAUUCUGUGUGUCGGCCUAGUGUGUCUGGACAUCAUCAGCGUGGUGGACGCAUUUCCCCAAGAAGAUUCGGACAGCAGGUGUGUGUCACAGCGAUGGCAGCGAGGCGGCAACGCGUCCAAUUCGUGUACAGUUUUAGCACUUCUGGGAUCGCCGUGCGCAUUCAUGGGAUCACUUUGUGCCGGACCUGUGGCCAGUUUUAUUUUGGAGGAUUUUCAGAGGUUCCAGGUGGAAGUGCAUUCGCCACUUGAGCGCGCCGCCUGUGUCACACCGACGUCGCUCGUCAUCAGCAGCGCCGCCACAGGAAGUCGCACCAUCCUGCACAUGAACAGCAACAUUCCAGACGUGACGUUUGAAGACUUCAGCGCAGUGGACCUGAGCACCUUCAAGUGGAUCCACUGGGAGGGGCGCAACGCAGACGAACAGCUGAAGAUGAUGGCCGAGGUGGCGCGAUACAACGCCGCGUCGCCGCCGCAACACCGGAUAGUCGUCUCCGUGGAGAUCGAGAAGCCCAGAGAGAAGCUUUAUCAGCUCUUCCCGCAUGCUGACGUGGUAUUUGUGAGCAAAGAUGUGGCUCGCCACCUGGACUUUCACACGCCUCAAAGCGCUCUCCAGGGACUCCGAGGUCGCCUCAGAGCGGGCGCCGUCAUGAUCUGCCCUUGGGCCGAGAAAGGAGCGGACGCCGUGGACGCCGACGGAACGCUGCUCCAUUCCGACGCCUUCCCGCCCGAGCGCCUGCUGGACACGCUGGGAGCCGGAGACACGUUCAAUGCCGCCGUCAUCCACAAGCUUGCUAACGGUUGCCGACUGCAGGACGCGUUGACAUUCGGCUGCAGGGUGGCGGGUGCCAAGUGUGGUUUCCACGGUUACGAUGGCAUCGCAGACAAGCUGACGCAGAUGUAACAAACCAACGUUAUACUGGCACGGUCGCAUCAUUGAUUGGUGAUGAUGAACCGAUCAUGUCGUGGAUCAAUAAAGUGCUGGAAAACCUUGAA